CACAUAGCAAAUUUCGGACCUGCAAGUUGACCCGAACACAAGAGGCGAGAGAGACAGAGGAUGGCCGAGGAGCCUCCGCCGGCAGGUUCCUCCUCCUCUGCCGCCGCCGCCGCCGCCGCCGACGGCGGCCGAGCUGUGAAGGAGUGCGAGAAGAUGAUCCAGAGGAGCCUUCGAACUCCAAUGGUGAGAUUCCUGAAGGAGCAGCUGGAGAAGGCGGGGUGUGCGUUGGGGGACAACUUCAUCAAGGCCGUUAACUGCGACGGGCAAGUCAGCGGCGGCUACAUGCCGGGCCUAGGGAUAGUCGUGUGUAGUAACCACAUGGAACUCCAAGAUGAUGUAAAUCAAGUAGUCAUACACGAACUCAUUCAUGCAUAUGAUGAGUGCCGAGCUGCAAAUUUGGACUGGAGUAAUUGUGCCCAUCAUGCCUGUAGCGAGAUACGUGCCGGCCAUUUAAGUGGUGAUUGUCACUAUAAACGGGAACUAUUGCGGGGUUACAUGAAGAUACGUGGUCAUGAGCAGGAAUGUGUGAGGAGAAGAGUAAUGAAGUCGGUUACUGCAAACCCUCACUGCUCAGAAGCCGCUGCAAAGGAUGCGAUGGAAGCUGUGUGGGAUGUCUGUUACAAUGAUACAAAGCCAUUUGACAGAGCUCCGUGAUUUUGUGGUUUCUGGCGCUUGUUGAUGCCCAUCAAGUGGAAUUACCAUUCUUAGAAUCUUUCAAUGGACACUGGUGCAUAUCGGAAGGUGGAUCGAAUCUUUAGUCAUAGAAGGGUAGAACAACCAAAAUAAAGUCUCCAUGGUUUCCAUUGUCUUUACUCUUUUUUCUUUUCCCAAUCAAAUUGUUGCAAGAUGAGCAUCCCACAAUUGUCUAUUGUUUACUGCUUUCACCCAGCAGCAUUGGUGCCAAUUUUUUAGGUCAAAGGAUGACACAGUCUUUUGUCCAUGAGUGUGCUGGAGUAGAACAUAUCGAAUUUUGUUUAUUGUACUGAGAAAAGUUUUUACUCUUUGAAGAAAUUGAUGCUCUUGCUCAUUCUGAGCUUAUAUUA